CCUGUGGCCCAAUCCCAGUAGUAUUUUCGAAACAUCGUUACCGAACGAGAGUAACAGUGUCAUUGUCCCUUUUCGUUCCGCAAUUUUUCAUUCCGCUGGUUCCAACAAAUUAACAGCAAUAGGGGGCUGGGCGAAUCCUUUGAUGUGCACGGGUUCGAACUUGGUUGUGUUUGUCGUUUGAGGUCUUUCACGUUCUCCGUGCAUAUACCUUUAGCUUUGUGAAUCUGCUGUUUUUAUGGUUUGAUUCGCAAACUGUAAAAUCAGCCGGUGUUAACAAUGGCAUCGAGUCAGAACCAAGCGCCUAAUGUUGAUCUCUUCGAUGCUUAUUUUCGACGUGCGGAUUUGGAUCGGGACGGCCGUAUUAGUGGUGCCGAAGCUGUCGCCUUCUUCCAAGGCUCCGGUUUGUCCAAGCAGGUUCUCGCGCAGAUUUGGGCUUUUGCAAAUGAGAGUCAAAGUGGUUUCCUUGGCCGGGCUGAGUUUUAUAAUGCCCUUAAACUUGUCACAGUGGCACAGAGUAAGCGAGAGCUAACCCCAGAAAUUGUAAAAGCAGCUUUGCAUGGCCCAGCUGCAUCCAAGAUACCUGCACCUCAAAUUAAUUUUGCUUCCACUCUUGCACCUCAGUUUAAUUCUUCUGUAGCUGCACCUACAAUUCAGAUGGCUCCUGUUAAUCCUUUAUCCUCCCAAAACACUGUAUUGAGGGGGACAGUUCCAAAUUUAAUUGGAAGCCAGCCAAACUUUUCUUCUCCAGAAAGUCAAUUAGUGAAGCCUCCACAACAAACUUCUACAUCUAGUUCGAAUCUGGCACCCAGAGGCUCCACUCAAGGGUUCUCUGGAGCAGUGGCUGUUGUUAGAGCUCAAGCUACCGCCCCCAGCAUUACAACUGAUAGGAUCGGUGGCCAAGUGAGUGGAGCUUCAGCAGUAACUUCCCAAGUAGGAGCUGGUGGAAUUAGUCCUUCAAUAACCCAGGAUGGGUUUGGGCUUGCAGCCUCUGGAUCAAAUGCUGCACUGCCACCUAGGCAGUACCCUGUCUCUGACAUAAAUCCAUCUGAACUAGCAGUUAAGGAUUCUAAAUCUGUUGAUGCUUCAGGAAAUGGUUUUACUUCUGGUUCAUUUUUGGGUGGGGAUGUGUUCUCUGCUACCUCAUCUCAGCUAAAGCAAUACUCUUCACCACAGGGAUUUUCUACACGCAGUUCACAGGCUUCAUCAGCUGCUGUUCCAGUAUCUGGAGCGAACCAGAAUUCUAUUCAGACAAGUGCCAUUGAUUCUUUCCAGAGCUCACUUGUGACACAGCCUGCUAGUUCACAACUUCCACAGGCUCAGGCACUGGCGAAACAAAACCAAAAUGUCCCAAUCCAGGCACGUACUAUGUUGAUUCCAUCUGGACAUUCAGCGGGAUUGCAGAAUUCUGCUUCCAGUCAGCCUCCAUCUCUCUGGCCAAGGAUGACUUCAUCCGAUGUUCAGAAAUAUACAAAAGUAUUUGUGGAAGUAGAUACAGACAGAGAUGGGAAAAUUACUGGGGAGCAAGCCCGAAACUUGUUCCUUAGUUGGAGAUUGCCAAGAGAGGUUUUAAAGCAGGUCUGGGACUUAUCUGAUCAAGAUAAUGAUAGCAUGCUUUCUCUUAGGGAGUUUUGUAUUGCAUUGUACUUAAUGGAGCGACACAGGGAAGGACGAGUUCUUCCUGCAGUCCUUCCUAAUAACAUUAUGCUUGAUUUACCAACUUCUGGUCAACCCACAAGUCAUUACAAUACUGCAUCUUGGGGAACUUUAUCAGGUUUUCAACAGCAGCAAGGGAUGGUUGUUUCUGGGUCCCGACCAGUGAACCCUACUGCUAGUAGGCCACCAAGACCUGUUUCUGUUCCUCAAGCAGAUGAAGGACCAGAGAAUAAGCAGCAAAAGCGCAGAGUGCCACUCUUGGAGAAACACCUCAUAAGUCAGCUGAGUUCUGAUGAACAGAGUUCGAUUAAUUCAAAAUUUGAAGAAGCAACAGAAGCAGAUAAGAAGGUGGAAGAACUCGAGAAAGAAAUAUUGGAUUCCAGGGAGAAAAUAGACUUCUAUAAUGCCAAAAUGCAAGAACUUGUUCUGUACAAGAGCAGAUGUGACAAUCGCCUUAAUGAGAUUGUAGAAAGGAUAUCUUCUGAUAAGCAUGAGGUUGAGAUUCUUGCGAAGAAAUAUGAAGCCAAAUAUAAGCAAGUUGGAGAUAUAGCAUCUAAGUUAACUGCUGAAGAAGCCACAUUUCGUGACAUACAGGAGAAAAAGUUGGAAUUGUAUCAAUCAGUUGUUAAAUUGGAACAAGAUGGCAGUAGUGAUGGUAACCUUCAGGUUCACGCUGAUCAUAUCCAAUCAGAUCUUGAUGAGCUAGUAAAAUCUUUAAAUGAACGGUGCAAGAAAUAUGGGUUACGUGGGAAGCCCACAACACUAGUGGAGCUACCUUUUGGCUGGCAACCUGGCAUCCAAGAAGGAGCCGCUGACUGGGAUGAACAUUGGGAUAAGCUUGAAGAUGAAGGAUUCACUUUCGUCAAAGAGCUCACUCUCAGCGUGGAAAACACAUUAGCACCUCCUAAACAAAAAAUGGUAUCAGCUGUGAGCAGGAAAGCUGCUGCCACUGCUGACAAUCAAACAUCUGCAGCUUCAGUUGAGAUUGAUGAGAAGUCAGAUAGGCAUCAGACUGCUGAAGAUCAGGCCGUUGACAAUGGAUCUGCUCAUAGUAAAGGUGAAGAUGAAUCAGCUGUAAGUGCUCCUAACAGUCCAUUUGGAAGGAGUGGCAUUGGAAGCCCCACACGGGACUCUCAGGAAUUUAAUGUUGGAAAGAAUAAUGGCGAACAUAAUUCAUCCCUUGAUCAAGAGAAUAUUCAAGGAAUCCAUAGUGAUCAUGAUGGUGUUAAGUCUGUGUUUCCUGGUGACAAAAUUUUCGACGAACAAGACUGGGGAGCCUUUGACACUAAUGAUGAUAUUGACUCAGUCUGGGGAUUCAAUCCUAGUGGCACAGCCAAGGUGGACCCUGAUCUUGAUAGAGCCAGAGACAACUUCUUCCAUCCUGAGGGUUUGGGCCUCAACCUCAUUAAAACCGGUUCACCACAGGCAGAUGAUCCCCAACCGAAGAGUAGUAGAUUCAGAUUUGACGAUUCUGUUCCAAGCACGCCUCUUUUCAGUUCAGGCACCUCCCCACAGAGGUCUAGAGAGUGGUCCGAGCCUGCUUUUGACAACCCAGGAUUUGAUUCUUUCAGCACACAUGACAGCGGCUUUUUACAUUCGCGGGAUACACUAGUACGAUCUGAUUCUGUCCGCAGCCGUGGGGAUUUUGAUCAGGGUCGUAGCUUUCCAGCCUUUGAUGACUCCGGUCCGUUUGGCUCGGGACCAUUUAGGCCAUCAUCUGAAAGUCAAACGCCACGAAGAGAUUCUGAGAGUUGGAGCGCAUUUUAGUAUGGUCUUGUGAUUAACUAUCCCGUAGGUGCAAGAUCAUGUCUUUCGGCCUUCGACUUGGAGUGAGUUGUCUGUGUUAUUAAUUGGGAUCUCGUAAUUGUAAUGUAUCCUUUGUAUUUAAUAGCGUAUUUCUUCUUCCCGGGCUUUUCUCAUGUGUUUCUUUUUUUCUUUUCUUUUGUUUUUUUUUUUUGGGUCUUGGGAGAAGGAGGAAUUGUGUGAAACUCCUCUUUCUGUUUCUCCUCCCUAAUAAAAGAUGAAAUUUUUUUUUA